AUGGCACCACACAAGCGCACACAGGCAGACUCCGAUGAGGACGAUGCAAGCAGUAAUAGUUCAAACGCGACUCCUAGUAAGCGGCGCCGCACGUCUGAUAGCAUCUCAAUCUCUGGAAAGAGUGAUGGAAGUGUAAUAACCGAUCAAAGUGAAGCGAGAGACCGAGAAGAGACCGAGGCCCCCUUUGAUGAAGUCGACCUGGAAGAUGAAGAUACCCUCGAACAACAGCAGACGCAAUUCAUUCGUGACAAACAUCACGGCGAUGAACCGAAUAUACCCGCUGAUUGUGGAAUUAUUGAGCGCGUGGAUUGUUUCAAUUUUAUGUGUCAUGAGCACUUUUCCGUGGAUUUGGGACCGCUUAUCAACUUCAUUGUUGGCAAGAAUGGAAGUGGGAAGAGUGCGAUUUUGACUGCGCUUACGUUAUGUUUGGGCGCUAAGGCGUCUGUGACGAAUCGAGGACAGAGUCUUAAGAGUUUUAUCAAAGAAGGCAAAGAGUCUGCGACUAUCAUUGUUCGUAUCAAGAACCAAGGCGACGGCGCUUACAUGCCCAACGAAUAUGGCAAAUCCAUCAUCGUGGAACGAUCAUUCUCCAAAAGCGGAACAAGCGGCUUCAAAAUCAAGAAUGAAUCGGGUAAAAUAAUGUCAACGAAAAAGGCGGACCUCGACUCUAUCACGGAUUACUUCAAUCUGCAAAUCGACAAUCCUAUGAAUGUGCUUUCGCAGGAUAUGGCUCGUCAAUUCUUAAGCUCAUCUAGCCCUGCGGAGAAGUACAAAUUCUUUGUGAAGGGAGUUCAGCUCGAACAGCUGGAUAACGAUUAUCGCCUUAUUGAAGAAUCUGUGGAUGCGAUCAAAGAGAUGCUUGAUUCCAGAAAAGAAGAUUUGAAGGUACUUCGAGCGGCUAAGGAAAGGGCGCAGCGCAGAAUGGAGCUUUCCGACCAGCGCGCUACACUUAGGCAACGAAUCAAAAAGCUUCGAUCACAAAUGGCUUGGGCACAAGUGGAGGAGCAAGAGAGGAUUCGGGACGAGAUCCAGGAGGAAGUCGCUAAACUAGACGGCCAAAUAGCCUUUGCGGAAUCUGAGACUGCUAUCUUUGAUAGAAAAUAUGAAGAAGCUCAGCGUGAGCUCGAAACCGCGACUGAGCUUCUGAACAACACAAAAGAAGCAUUAAGUAAAGCGGAGGAGGAAAGGAAUGUGCUGAAGGAGGCCAAUGCGAAGGAGAUGGCCGAACACCACAAUGUCAGAGCCGAGCAACGUCGGAUUCACGAAUCCGUAAAAACUCUUGAUUCACAGAUAGAGGAUCUGAAACAACACAUAGCCGAAGAGAAUAGGCGCCUCGCAGACAUUGCCGGUGGUGAUUUUGCGCGGCGAAGGGAAGAAAUCGUGCAGCGAAGGGCGGAAGCCGAAGAAGCCGACCAGAGACUCACACAACACCAGGGAGGUUCAAGAGCUUUGCAGGAGGCAAUUCACGUUGCUGAGCAGAACGUAAAGCAGGCUGUUGCUCCCGUGCAGAAACAGAAGAAAGAAAUUGAGCAGGCAGAAAACUUGCUUCGGUCACUCUCCAGAGACCGUGGACAGACAAACUCGGGCUUCUCUGAGAAGAUGCCACAACUUCUGAAUGCAAUUGCUCGGGAGAAGUCGUUCAAUCAGCGGCCAAUUGGGCCCGUGGGUCAUCAUGUCAGGCUCAAGAAACCAGAGUGGUCUGCAGUCAUAGAACAGUCCUUGAACAACACGCUCAACAGUUUCAUUGUCACAUCAAAACGAGAUAUGAAUAUACUCAUGCAGACCAUGCAAAAAGUCCAAUGUGUUAUGCCUAUUCUCAUCGGAAGCAACGGUACUAUCGACACGUCGGCAAACGAGCCUGACCCGCGUUUUGAUACUAUACUAAGCGUUCUUGAGAUCGAUGAGGAUAUCGUUCGUCGGCAGCUAAUCAUCAAUCAUGCAAUUGAACAGAUAGUGCUAAUUGAGAAUGUCGAAGAGGCAUCUAAGAUUCUUUUCGAAGGAGGGCGCGUGAGAAACGUCAGACGUUGUCUAUGUAUUGACGCUAGAGAUCGACGUCGAGGUGUUACUCUAUCUUAUGGUCGCACAGGCGAGCCUAGUCAAGCCCCUAUUGCUCCUUUUACCGGUCGACCGCGUAUGAGAUCGGACAUCGACUCUCAAAUUAGACUUCAGCAAGACAAUAUACAAGCACUCAAAAGAGAAUUGAACGAACUGCAAUCAAAAGUUUCAACAUCCCAGGCCGAGUUGCAGCGAUGCAAAGACGCACUGGCAGAACACAAAGCGAUGGAGAACGAGCUGAGAAUAGAAGCGCAGCGAAUCUCAGAUGCAACCGAUGCACUUGAAGACGCUCUCGAAAAGGAUCAGGUAGUAGACGGGCGUUUAGAGACGCUGCAAAAUACCCUCAACGAGAGGGAGGGCGAACAGAAGGUGGCCAUCAACUCUUUGGAUGAUGCCAAAGCAGCCAUUGAUACCAUCACGGAUGAAUUAAAGAGACAAAGAAAGGCAAUGUCCGCGAAAGAUGCUGAGAUCAGACCUCUCCAGGAAAAUGUCCGCAUUGCCGAGCAGGAACGCAUCAAAGUUGACGAACAGAGACGAGCUGUAUUGGCAGACAAAAACCAAGCAUAUGAACGCGUCAACGAUUUGAAACAGGAACGUGAGGCGAGGAUGGCAGACAAGGGAGAUCUUGAUACUCGUGUUACUCGGUACAUUGAGCAGGCCAGUCUGAUUUCUCCUCGAGUUCCAGUGGAUGAAGGCGAGACGCCGGAGAGUCUAGACAGGAAGUUGGACAAGAUUCAAAAAGAUAUUGAGCGUUAUGACAAACAGAUGGGCGCUUCGCGUGAAGAGAUCGCGGCUGAGUUGGUCAAGGCAAGUAAGGCUCUUAAGACUGCCGAGGCAGUGUUCGCGGAAAACGAAAAGGCGGAGAAGGAGCUUAAACGAACAGUUAACUACCGGCGUGAGCGAUGGAAGAACUUUAGGGCUCAUAUAUCGUCUCGUGCCAAAGCUCAAUUUACAUAUUUGCUCAGUGAAAGAAGCUUCCGUGGUCGACUCCUCAUGGAUCAUGACGCUAAGCUGUUAGACCUUCAGGUCGAACCUGAUAUCACAAAGAAUAGUAAAGGCCGUGGCACGAAGACGCUGUCAGGUGGUGAGAAAUCUUUCUCGCAGAUCUGUCUUUUACUAUCACUGUGGGAAGCCAUGGGUUCGCCAAUUCGCUGUCUGGACGAGUUCGAUGUUUACAUGGACCAUAUCAACCGGAAAUCGUCUAUAGAUAUGCUGAUGUUGGCUGCCAGAAGAUCUAUUGGUCGCCAGUUUAUUCUCAUCACUCCUGGAUCAAGAUCGGACAUCAGUCUCGCCCCAGACGUACGAGUCAAAGAACUCGCAGAGCCGGAGAGAGGACAGAGCACAUUGACAUUUCGUGCAUCUUGAAGGAUUACGACAUUUAUAUUUAGAAUCGGGCAACGGAGCGACACUGUCGCUAGAAUUGUA